CCACGCUGGUGGGCGGGCUGGUGGCGCCGCCGCGGGAACCCACCACGGCGGCAGAAGCCUUCUGGAAAAUGCCACAUAAAGAUGAGCUGAUGCAUAGCGCAGCAAUGGGUGGUGGUGGCCUAUUCGGCUGUUCUUCAGCCGGACACAGCGGCAUCAACCAGCUCGGAGGGGUCUAUGUCAAUGGUAGACCGCUACCUGACUCCACGCGGCAGAAGAUCGUUGAGUUGGCGCACUCCGGCGCGAGGCCCUGCGACAUCAGCCGGAUACUGCAGGUCUCCAACGGCUGUGUUUCUAAAAUACUCGGCAGGUAUUACGAGACGGGCUCAAUAAAGCCCCGAGCGAUCGGCGGGUCAAAACCGCGGGUCGCAACCACCCCUGUUGUCCAGAAGAUCGCGGACUACAAGCGGGAGUGCCCUUCGAUCUUUGCGUGGGAGAUCAGAGAUCGUUUGCUGAGUGAAAACGUGUGCAAUAAUGACAAUAUUCCUAGCGUAUCAUCGAUAAACCGCGUAUUAAGAAACCUGGCAUCACAGAAAGAGCAAGCUGCGUCUGCGCAGAACGACAGUGUAUAUGAGAAGCUACGAAUGUUCAAUGGACAAGCGGCGACGGGUUGGUGGUACCCUGGUCUUCCCACCGCACCAGCACCUACCAUUCCAGCCCCAUUACCACCACAGUUGAAUAGACCAACGGAAGAACAUAAACGAGCAGACACGCUACAAUCGGAAGCAGGCUCUGACGGUAACAGUGAGCAUGCGUCAUCGGGAGACGAGGACUCCCAAAUGAGACUCAGACUAAAACGGAAGCUGCAGAGAAACAGAACCUCCUUCACUAACGAUCAAAUAGAUAGUUUGGAAAAAGAGUUCGAGCGCACCCACUACCCAGAUGUCUUCGCGCGGGAACGACUGGCCGAAAAGAUUGGAUUGCCUGAGGCACGUAUCCAGGUGUGGUUUUCUAAUCGGCGCGCGAAAUGGCGUCGCGAAGAGAAGCUAAGAAGUCAAAGACGAGAUGCCCCCGCGUCUCCCCCCGCACCUCCAGCUAGGCUUCCUCUCAAUGGAGGCUUUAACUCUAUGUAUAGUCCCAUACCACAACCCAUUGCAACGAUGGGCGAUACCUAUAGUGCGCUUUCCGAUAGUUCGAUGUCGGGCGGUCUCUCGUCGUCGUGUCUUCAGCAACGGGACAGCGGCUACCCCUACAUGUUUGGUGACGUCCUGGGUAGUGGAGGGUACUCAAGAGCACCGGCUGCUCAUCAACAGCACCCGGCGUAUUCCCAACCACAAGCGGCUGCCAGUACCGGUGUGAUAUCGGCGGGCGUCAGCGUGCCGGUGCAAAUUCCGUCGCAGGGGCCGGACCUCGCGUCCAAUUACUGGGGACGACUUCAGUGAUCUCAGCUAUUCGGGUUCCCGCAUCGAUUGCUCUCGAUGCCCGAGAACCCGAGCGUGCCCGAGUCGCCAUCUAGCGGCGAACUGGCGCACAACUACGCGGACGGUCAUUUGUCUAUGAACGCUCUCAACAUGACAGCCGGCCACGACGUCAUGCCUGCCGACAUACAGGAGAACAAUUCCGCGUCGUAAGUGCUACAAUGCGUACGUUAAACUGAUGAUGUUCAAACUUAGCUCAUAAGCUGACUAAUCGAUGAAUUAUGUUAAUUCUCCAUAGACUAUACCCUCGCAUCUAAGUGUAUAUAGCCGCCAUCUAUUGUUGGGUAGAGGUUUCGUUAGCGACGCGACGGUAUUGUGUUCAAAGUUUAAGAAAUGUAAAUGAUUUGUGCCAACAUUUGUAAUAAUUGAGUGUUAUGCGCCCUUUGCUUGCACAACCCUUCUUCCUUUGAUGUAUGCGGCAGGGGUGCGAAAUAUUAAUGCUAUAGAGAAAAACGUGGCAAUAAGCUUCGUUACAGCGAUUUGUUUCAACCCUCUGACUACAAAUUGACAUUCGAGGCAUGUUUGUAUUAUUGUAUAAUAGUUACAUUAAUAGAUGUUGUAAUGUGUUGAGUCACAAUUAAAAUAGCACAUUUCGAAACGAAUUAAUUUAUUUAUUAUCAUUAAGAAGAUCAAUAUUGCUGUGAUUAUAAUUAUUACGUAGGUGUCUAGUUAGAUUAUUUUUAAUUCAAUUGAAAUAGUUUGGGAGCGUGUCAAAAUGGGUGUGUUAAGAAAUCAUCGUAAUAGUAAUGCAACAGCACAAGUCUCAUCUUAAUCUAAGGAAAUGUAAAUGGUUAAUAUAUUUUUCAUUAAAAUAAAUGCAAUACGGAUGUGUUAUAGUCUUAUAGACGAUAAGAUCUGUACUUAAUUUUUAAGUGUAAAAUAAAUUAUUACUCGUUUAAGUGCAUAUAGAUUGAGGAGAUUACAGUGAAAUUUAUUAAUAAA